UCGGUCCACAAUAUUGCCUUCCCCACAAGAGAGGAGUGGAAAAAGAACGAGGUGGACAGUAAUACAGGAAUUAGCAUCUACACGGAUGGAUCCAGACUGGAUAAUCGAGUAGGAGGUGAUGUCUUUUGCGCAACAUUGGACACCAACAUCGCCUUCCGUUUACCAGACCACUGCAGUGUCUUCCAGGCGGAGAUCCCAGCAAUUAAAGAAAGCCCUGUGAUAUUGACAAAAAGUGUGCUCACAACAAGGAGCAUAUAUAUAUAUACGGAUAGCCAAGCGGUCUUGAAAUCACUCAAGUCUCCAAUUGUAUCAUCCAAGCUAGUGAAAGAUUGUCUUGACCUAUUAGAGGAUCUGACAUCCUACUUCACAAUAAACCUGCAAUGGGUACCAGGACAAAGUGAUAUUCCUGUUAACUGCGAAGCAGAUGAACUAGCCAGAACAGGCACCACUUUGCAACUAACCCCUGAAAAAGAGGGUAUUUUUAUGCCUCUGGCAACUUGCAAACACUUAAUCAGCGAACAUGCUAUAAAUAUAGCUGAGUCUCGGUGGAGACAAUCAAUAACCUGCUCAACCAACAGACUAACUGAUAUAAAAACUCUGAUAGGAGCAGCACCACACCAAGCUAAACCGCACCCAAAACGCGACUAUAUUCACAAACUGGAGAAGGAAUACAGACUGACCCGAACAUCUCAGUCGAAGGCACAAAAUUCCGAGGUUAAUAACCCUAAAAUUUUAGACGUAACAUUGGACGGUCUGUGCUUCUUCACCUCACACGACCGCGAUAACUUCCAAAGUCAGAGUCGACCAAAUUCUCAAAUCGCUUGCCGGCAGCUCUUAGGAAAAGACAAAAACGUUGUUGGCAACAUACAAGGCAAUCGGCCGCCUGGUCCAAACUAUGCAUCACCAAUGGUCGCCUGGAUGUAG